AUGUUAGUUCUUGGCAACACUCUCUUUGUCGAUAAGAGUGGUAGUCGUAUUAUUUCUUCUUUCAUCUUAGAGGUGAAGAAGGAGGAUGCUCGACUUUCUCAUUAUUCAUGGGGUUCAGCUACCCUUCCUUAUCUGUAUCGGCAGUUAGGCAUUGCCUCGCGGAUAGAUUGCAAACAGAUUACCGGGUGUUUGACGUUGCUACAGUCUUGGAUUUACGAGUAUUUUCCCGCAUUUCGACCUAUUCAGGGCUGUUUAGCCAUAGCACCGACUGAUGGUCGGGCCGCCAUGUGGGACACACUGGCACUGGAUAGGGACUACCAUCGUGUAGUUUCUUUUUGUAGACGUCUUGAUCAGAUGACAGAUCGUGAGAUUCCUCAUCCCAUUCUUAGACCUGAUUAUGCUUACCGGCCAGGGUAUGCGACGCGGAGUUACGUGGUUAGCUCCGCAAGUGCACCUCAGUUCUGGGACAGAUUUCACUCUAGGUCUUAUUGUAUACCCUUAUCGGAUUAUUUGCCGUUGCUGGACGAGGAGCCUACUUGUUCUGAUGAUUACUUGGAAUGGUUCUAUACGUACUCACAUCCAUGUCUUAUGAGUACUGAUGAAGUGCUUCGCCCACCACCUCGACCCAAUAGGACAAACGUGGAUUACUGGGUGCAAAGAUUCAUGUCUCCAUUGCGCAAGUUCAUAGCUGAGAAGGGAGGCAACAUCACCCCCACGGUGAUCCAGGCGCAGGAAGCAAUCAUGGAGUGGAAUGCCAUGUUAGAAGAUUGA